ACAACCAUGUCUUUCAGGUUGACGGACUUCUUCCCAGAUCCGUAUGACGCCGUAUCCAACACGGGUCGUUGGAGGCGUUUGCGGGUGCUGGGCAGUGGUGGCCUGGCCGUGGUCUAUUUGGCCGAAGACAUGACAGGGGGCUUGGGAAAAGUGGCCCUGAAGGUGCUGCGAUCCCAAGCACAGCCGGUGCACGCCUUUGAGCUUCACCGAGAGGCUUUCUGGUCCUUGACGAAGUUGCACUGCUUGGAGCAUCCCCAUUACGAUUCGGAGAUGUCCAAGCUCUUUGUGAAGUACUUUGAGGACCACACGGGUUUCCGCACCUCAAAGGCUGACUUUGAUGAGCACCGACGACAGCACGAGGCAGAUCAUUUCGAUUGGAGCGAGGUCCGACCACUCCCUGGAAGGCCAUAUGUGGUCAUGGAGUACCUCCCGGGCCAGGCCUUGUGGGCAAUUCUGAACCCCAAAAUCAGGGCUGAGACGAAGACCCCUGCCAUCACGCCGGAGGAGCGGCAACUGAUCUUGGUGCAGGUGGCCAAGGCGUGUGUCUACCUGCAGAAGCACCAGUUGAUUCAUCGAGAUUUGCGGCCCUGCAACGUUCAGAUUUGUCGUCGAGGACGACGCUGCCAGGUGAAGAUCUUGGACUUCGGGGUCAUGAUCGCCGCUGAGCGCAGUCUGCGCCAGUGCCAGUCUUCAGCGGUCCGCGUCUUCGGAGCGAACCGCACGCCGCAGGAUGGCUAUGAUUGGCUUCCUCCAGAGGUUGAUUCCUCCUGGGCCGGAUGGGAUGCGGAUGAUGCAGCUGACUUCCAACAUUGGUCAGGGUGA